GCCAUCACAUAACUUCACAUGAAAUAAAUAAAUAAAGAAAUAAAUAAAUAAAUAAAUAAAAUAAAAUAAAAUAAAAGGGUUCGUUAAAGCAGCAAAAUAGUGCUUCACCUCCAACUCGGGUUUCCACUCCCAAAACGACGACGCUGGUGGAGUUCAUCGUCGUCGUUUACUGAACACAGUCACGCUUUCUAGUUUCCACUUUGCCGAACGUAAGUAUAAACUAUAAAGAGUAGUAAACGACACGAGAUCUUAACCGUCGCGUUUCCAAAGGCGUUCCAAACGCAGCGAAUCGAUGGAAUUCGACCCGAUCCCAAUCGGUUCCUGCUCCAAAGAGAACCAGAUCAUCUACCAGCAGUGGUUCAAUUACGCCGAUUCAGAUGGCGAUGGCCGCAUUACGGGGAGUGAUGCCACCAAGUUUUUCGCCAUGUCCAAUUUGUCUCGCCAGGAUCUUAAGCAGGUGUGGGCUAUUGCGGAUUCGAAGCGACAAGGAUAUCUUGGUUUUGCAGAGUUCAUCAUUGCUAUGCAGCUAAUUUCAUUGGCACAAUCCGGCCAACCAAUAACACAAGAUCUUCUUUCUAGUGGUGUUGAGCUGAAAAACUUGAAACCUCCCACAAUGGAUGGUUUGGAUGUAUUAAUGGCUAAGAAAAGGCAUAAAGAAAAAGAAGUUGAUUCAAAUGUUAGCAAUAAUGCAGGUAGUUCUCCAUUGCAGCCAUCACCAUCUUCAAGUAGUUGGUUCUCUUCGAAGUCAACAAAAAGGGUUUCACUUUCCUCUGUGACCUCAAUAAUUGAUGGCUUGAAGAAACUCUACAUCCAGAAGUUGAGGCCAUUAGAAGCUACUUAUCGUUUUAAUGAUUUUGUAUCCCCAUUACUGACAAAUAGUGACUUUGAAGCAAAGCCAAUGGUUAUGCUUUUGGGUCAAUACUCAACUGGUAAAACAACAUUUAUCAAACAUCUACUUAAAAGUAGUUAUCCAGGAGCCCAUAUUGGACCGGAGCCUACAACUGAUCGUUUUGUUGUUGUCAUGUCUGGACCUGACGAGAGAAGCAUUCCUGGAAAUACUGUUGCUGUCCAAGCAGACAUGCCAUUUAGUGGUCUUACAAGUUUUGGCACCGCAUUUUUGUCAAAAUUUGAGUGUUCUCAAAUGCCUCAUCCGCUACUGGACCACAUUACAUUUGUGGACAGUCCUGGAGUUUUAUCCGGAGAAAAGCAACGAACACAACGGUCAUAUGAUUUUACAGGUGUAACAUCUUGGUUUGCUGCCAAAUGUGAUUUGAUACUCCUCCUGUUUGAUCCUCACAAGCUUGAUAUUAGUGAUGAAUUCAAGCGUGUGAUCUCAUCCUUGCGUGGGCAUGAUGACAAAAUUCGAGUAGUUUUGAACAAGGCAGACCAAGUUGAUACUCAACAACUAAUGAGAGUUUAUGGAGCAUUGAUGUGGUCACUUGGGAAGGUGCUGAAUACACCUGAAGUCAUGCGUGUGUAUAUCGGCUCCUUCAACGAUAAACCCAUAAAUGAUGCUGUCAGUGGUCCAAUCGGUAAGGAACUCUUUGAAAAAGAACAAGAGGACCUUCUUUCAGACCUAAAAGAUAUACCAAAGAAGGCCUGUGAUCGAAGAAUCAACGAAUUUGUAAAACGGGCACGAGCUGCCAAGAUACAUGCUUACAUUAUCAGUCAUCUUAAAAAGGAGAUGCCUGCUAUGAUGGGCAAAGCUAAAGCUCAGCAAAAGCUUAUUGAUAAUCUGGCUGCAGCAUUUGGAAAGGUACAAAGGGAGUUUCAUCUACCUCCUGGAGACUUCCCAGAUGUUGAACAUUUCAGAGAGACUCUAAGUGGUUAUAAUUUUGAUAAGUUUGAGAAAUUGAAACCAAAAAUGAUACAGGCAGUAGAUGACAUGUUAGGUUAUGACAUUCCAAACCUCUUGAAAAAUUUUAGGAAUCCAUAUGAUUAGUUUUAAGAGCAACUGAGCCUGUUAAAUAAUCAGUAGUUUAUUGGAGUUUAGGCAUUUGUAGCAGACUCUAAAUACCAUGUAUCAUGCCAUUUUUUAUGUAGUGUGCCUUUUUUUUCCGUAAA